CAGGCGAAGCGUCUCGAUAUGAGAAAUCUUCUGCAAACAUCCAGCCUGUUGAACACCGCUAGCUUGGUCGUUUUUCAACAUCGUUUUAGUGGAAAAGAGGAUAGAUAAUUAGUAACACAAUAACAUAAAACCUUUUAUUAUGCUAUUUUACUCGAAUAAUGUUGUAAAAUAGCGGUUCUCUAAAACUGAAACGUAACUUUAGCUAACGUCACUGAAGAAAGGGUCCCGCAAGUAUUUGCACUAUGUUCAAAUUCAAUUUCAGGAGGGAGAAAGACAACGAUUUUAAGCAUAUCGCCCAUGGUUUGGUCCCCGCUGCCUCCGUUGCCCCCAAGGCUGCUGUGCCUCGCACCCCGCCCCCGCGCAGCCCCCACCCCUCCCCCGAGAGGCCCAGAUCGGCCUUAGCAGCAGCCAUCUUGACUUCAUCGCUCACUGGACAGACAUGGGCCCUCCCCCCCUUACGGCCCAGGUCCUACUCGCAGAGUGGCCGAUCAGAGUCCUUCAUAUCUGAACCAAACGUCAGCCCAGAACUUUUCAACAGAGACAGAUGGUCAGAGGAUCUGAGCAGCCGACCGCGCCUGUCCUCCCCUGACCACUCAGAGGAGGAGUUGGAAGACAACGAAGAGGAGGAGGAGAGUGAAAAAGAAAGGGAGGAACAUCUUUACCAAACUGUUGCUAGAGAGGAGAAUUGUUCAAUCACAGAUCCCAUCUAUUCUGUGCCUCUAAAACCAAAGUUUGACUCGUCUGUCUCUCAGGCCUGUGCACCCCAGCUCAUUCAGAUGUCGAGCAGAAGAGCGCCUUCUCCAGACUUCUCAGAUCUUCCAGAGGAAACCGGUGUCCAUUGUCCCGGAGAAAGCUGCGAGUCUGCAGAAAACAAAGCCUCUGCCAGGAAGAGCCCUGCAAGGCGCGGAGAUGUGCCAUCCGAGCCGCCCAUCGUAACACCCGACCAACCUCGCCUGGCCAAAAGCCCAAAACACCCGAACCAGCCGUCUCCAAAGCUCAGCAAGGCAUGCGAGGAGGUGCAGAGGGAGGCGGCGUGGGGCGUACCAGUGAGGGACACAAGGAUGCUAGAUGACCAAAAGCUGCUGGAAGAGAGGCUGCAUCGGCUGGAACAGGAGAUCAGUCAGAGCCGAGCCUCCUCUAACCCGAGGUCAUCUGCAGGCGGCCAGGCGGAGCUACUGAAUCUGAGGCGACAGGCUCAGGAGCUGGUGGAUGAAAAUGACGCCCUCAAAAUGACAGUUCACCGUCUGAAUGUGGAGCUCAGCCGCUACCAAACCCUCUUCAGACCACUGUCCAAACAGGAGAGCUCAAGAAUCAGCGGCUUACCAAAGACGGGGUCUCCCCCUCCCUGGCUGCUUGACAUGAAGUAUUUAUCUCCUUUGGUGCUGGCCUAUGAAGACAGGAUAAACGAGAAGGAUGCACUUCUGCAAACCACAGAGGAGGAGGUGAAGAGGUUGCGGGUUCAUGUAGAGGAUGUAAUCAAAGAAAAUGAAAAACUCCAUGUUGAAAUUGCAAAGAUCGAAGGGGUCAGCAAGAAGAACUGUCAUCAGCUACAAGAACAGGCCCUCCUGGUAUUGCAAGAGAACCAGGUUCUGAUUGAUCAGCUCGAGGCUCAGCACGUUAAAGCCAAGGCCAGCCACAGCAGACACCAUUCUGAAGUUACCAAGGUGUCUAAGCAGCUGAUGCUGUUGGAGGCAGAAAGGCAGCGUUUGCAGGAGGACCUGGAAGAGAGCAGGAGAGAGUUACAGAAGCACGUAAGGGAAGUACAAGUGCUGCAGAGCCGCCUCAAGGACGCCGUCACCUGGGACGAGCACUGCAGCAUGGACAGCAAACUUAGACGACAGUUGGAGCAGCAGGAGAUUAGAAAUAGGAGUGAGACGGACGAUUUACAUCUCAGAUUGUCCAGCCUGCAAGAGGAGAACAGGCGUCUGGCUCUGGACAAGGCCAACCUGAGUGCUGACAAAAUGAGAUUGGAGGCUGAGCAGGACCUCACCAAACAAGCCAACAGGAAAGCUGAAAGGAGGGUGAGUGUCUUGAAGAGAGAGAAGGAAGAGUGCGUGUUGAAAGAGGAAAAGACCCGGCAUUACAUGGGAGCUGUCCUUUCUGUGGCCGGCCACAUUUCCCUACAGAGGGACCAACUAUUGCAAAUGACUUCAGUUCUUCAGCAGGAAAAGCAGGGAUUCGUCAGCAGGAUCCUGAAUGGCACGAUACGAUUUGGAAAACUACAGGAAGAAGUCAAAGUGUACCGGAGCCAGGCGACCACCAGACUGGCGGGGUUGGAGGAGGCAGCGGAGGGGAGGACAGCUUCUUACCAGAGGGAGAUCCUUCACCUGCAGAGGCUGCUGACAGAAAGACAGGAGGCUGAGGAGAGACUGCUGCAGUCCAAACGGGAGGUGGAGGAAGACUUGGAAGUGUUGUGGCAGGCAGCAACCAGGGAGAACCAACAGAUGAGAGGCACUCUCACUGCGGACCUCCACGGCCGCGUCUCCCCGGACCGGCCUCCUCAGGCUGCAGAGGCUCCGACAAUCAGCGCCGGGCCCCUCGUCUUCACCUCUCAUCAGAGCCCUGGGCUCCUGAGGAGGUCCGGCUCUAAAUGUGACUCAGACCACCAGGAUAAUUCCUUGGAAGAGAGACACAAGCAUGGACUGGAUUUCUAUUGCUAGGUGUUUGCUCAUGAAGGCAAGAUGGGCCGUGUGGUUGACUAAAUUAGUUUCCGUAGUGAGCAUGUCAGCGUACCAGCAUUUGCCAGAACUUUGUUUUGCCAAUAAAACUGUAAAACUUGCAACAUCCUCUGUACCAAACUAGUAUAAACUAGGUUAACUUCUCUGGUAGAAUCCAGCAUUUAUAGUAGAAGUGAAGCAUAUCAGUCUUUUUGACUUUUUGGACAACAGGAUUGCAGUGAAACACAUUGGGAAAUAAGCAUAAUGAAGCAGCUCAGGUUUUAACAGGUUAGUUUCGAGAGCACGGCCAAAUGUAGACUUCCAAGAUUUAUAAGCUUUAUGCAGAUAUUUGCAUCUGUUUGAAUUUUUUAAAUUGUUCUCAGGGUUUUAUAGACCAACUAUGCCAGCUAGUAUAGUAGAUUGACAAGUACAACCAACAUUGGAGAAAGUUGCAUUAUUUAUUUUAAUUAAGGCUCGUGAAUCUUAAUGAAUUUAGGCAAUGCUGCCACCUGCUGGGCAUAUGCCAUAAUGGCAUUACCGUGCUCACGGUGUCAUGUUACACGGUACAGAACGGGCAGACAUGAGAGCACUGUGCGGAAAGAAGAAUGUUGAACAUGAUCUAUAUUGAGCCUUUUUUCCUGAAGAGGAUACUGGUUUUUUGUAUUUUAAGGCAAAACCUGAAAUGGUGUUAAUAUAAAACACGUGUUUGUGCAUAAAGAAACGCACAUGUAAUUACACAUGCUUGGCUCUAUUUUCACAUAAUUAUAACUAUUACUACCUUUUUAAAAUGCUCAGAAUAUAUUAUGUGGCAUGGCUGGCGUCUCUGAACUUGUAAGUGUCAUUCUGACUUGUUAUUAAAUCUGGAUCAGACACAGUG